GAAGACCCAAAAGGGAAAAGACCCGCAUUUCUCGACUUUAUUUUAUUUGAAUUAAAUCAAUCAAUCAUUCAUUCAUUGAAUCUGUUCUUCAACGCCUCCCAGUCACGGCCUUCUUACAUCAUGCUGUUGUCCCUAGAAUCCGCUGUUCUAACGGCACCUACUCUUAAUUAAUUCAAUUCAUGGCCCUCUUGCUCUGUUGUAUCUCUCCAAAUCUAAAUUCCACCAAGGCUUUCGCAAAGUCCGGGUGCCUGCUCGGAACGUCCCCACACUGUUGGGCUCUGGCGCCAGAACCUCGAUGAUCCCUCAUUUCACCUUACGAUUUAACAACCGUCCAUAUCAUAUCGUGUUGCUAGAAAAUAUCAUUAUCCAAAUCUCUUACGCAUCCCCAGUUCGUAUGUGCAGCCAUGGCAUCCCAGCUGCCUCCGGCCGCAGGCGCGGGGGCCUCGGCCCCUCGAAAAGUCGAGGAAAUCACUCGAAUGGCGCAAAACUAUGACUACAACCCUUCGAUUCCUUUACGAUAUUGGCUGAGGACGGCGGCAACUCUACUUAGAGAGGCUCGUAUCUACGAACGAGAGGGACACGACGAACAAGCGUACUUCCUAUUGUUUCGCCAUGCUCAGCUGGUGCUGGUAAACCUGGCAAGGCAUCCCGAGGCUAAGGACGAGAAGAACCGGAAAAGUCUUACGGAGGCAGAGAAAGAAGUCAGCAGAAACCUUGAAACUCUAGAGGUUCUCAAACCUCGGAUCAAUAAACGACAUAAACGCUAUACAGAGUUGAUGAAUGAUCGUCAAGCCCGAAGCCCAUCUCUAGGAACGAGCCAUACCACACCGGGCCAACAGCAACCUCAAGAUCCAGCAUUAGUAGGCGUCGCCGAGCCUCUGGAAGCUGGUGAGAAUAAAGACUUAGCUGUCCAGCUAGCGAGGACGGAGAUAAACCGCAGGGCCACAGCAAGGAAAGCAAUACGUCAAGUUGGAAUACCAACCGAAGAGGAGCAGCAUCGGCGCACGGCAGGUGUCUGGGGCAAUUGGGAGAGCGCCCUAAACAAACACGGCCAAGACACGGAUAAUGAUUUGAGUCGACGUAUACAGGAUGUGAGGAUUAACAUGGACCAUGCGCACGAUGCGGACCGUCAAGCGAAAAUGGUAAAGACCACGGCGCAUCCACUGACCGCAGUGCCCUCUACGUCUACGUACAAGUACCCGACAGUGCCUCGCCGGAAAGUGCUGGACAUUACGCCCCCUGCCAUCGCCGAUAUCAGGGAUGACUCCCCAGUGGCUCCAAUCCGUCCACCAAAGGAACAGCUCGAGACUAUCCGGCCAGUGGUAUCAUAUGGGCCGUCGCCGCCACCCAGACCGGACAAGGUCUCUUCGAUGCCUCUGACAUCCGCCGCUCAAACAGAGGCUCCAGUUGCUCCAGCGAAAGUUAAGCCAGUCGCGGAAAGUGGAGAUGCUCGUUCAAACCUAGACCCAUCCAGCUUCACAUUUAAACCAUCAGCCUAUCUCGAGAACGGAACCCCCCUGCGGACGGUUUUCCUCCCCCCGGACCUACGAUCAACUUUCCUAUCGCUAGCCGCUCCAAAUACACGACACAAUCUAGAGACAUGUGGCAUUCUCUGCGGUACCCUAAUUUCUAACGCUCUGUUCAUUUCUCGACUUCUCAUACCGGAGCAAACGUCCACAUCGGACACGUGUGAGACUGUAAACGAGAAUGCGAUUUUUGAAUAUUGUGACUCGGAGGACUUAAUGAUCCUUGGCUGGAUCCAUACCCACCCUACCCAGACCUGCUUCAUGAGCUCGAGAGACUUACACACUCACUCCGGAUACCAAGUCAUGAUGCCAGAGAGCAUCGCGAUCGUCUGCGCUCCAAGCAAAACACCAGACUGGGGCGUUUUCCGGCUGACUGACCCCCCCGGCCUCAAGACGGUCCUUAACUGUACCCAGACCGGUUUGUUUCAUCCUCAUCCCGAGACCAACAUCUACACCGAAGCGCUACGACCCGGGCAUGUGUUCGAAGCCAAGGGACUCGAAUUCGAGACCGUGGAUCUACGCCCUAACGGAACCAAAUUCUAGUUAUGGCUACCCAUAUUUCAUGAUUUAUGAGAGCGUAUUCCAUUAGACCCGUCCCUCCAAUUUUGUGUUAUUCUAUCAGAUAUCCCAUAUCUUGGCACCUUUUUCAAGUAUCUGGGUUCUAUUUGUUUUUAUAUUCAGGAGUAGAUAGCUGCCGGUGUAUGUAUCACGAAUAACAAGUAUGGAAG